AAAAGGGCCGCGUGGUGUGUUUUUCGCAUGAAAAUUUUGUUUGAUUUUAGUUUCGUUGAAAGUGUUCAGAAGUGUUGAUUUUCUGUGGUGUCAACAGUGAGAAUGGAAUCCCAAACAGAAGCCAAAACUCCCCAGUUCCAGACUUUCAUGGAAGAGCUACUUGAAACAGAAAAUGACCUUGUACCGAAUUUGGAAAGCUCGGAAUGUAAUAUUUGCUCAAAGGUUUUAACACCUAAAGAAGGAAUAGUUUUGAAAAACUGUUUGCAUUCGUAUUGCAAAGAAUGCCUUAAGGCAUCGGUUAUGCAAACAUGUCCGCCCUCCAUUUGUUGUCCGUACCCGAAUGGGCGUUUCGAAUGCAUCGGUACCAUGAUCGACACGGAACUUCAAAAAUUGCUUGGACCGUACGAUUACCAACAAUUUACAUUGCGACAGCUAGAGAACCUAGCCAAAGAACCACGGGAACUGAGCAAAGAUGAUAUGGAUAAACUACUGGUUUUAACGGAUAUGUCGUUGGUACCAAACGAAGACGCAUUUGAUUGUCCCAUUUGUUUUGAGACGAUUGCACCUCACGAAGGAGCUAUCCUUAGCGAGUGUUUCCAUACAGUUUGCAGGCAGUGUUUGACAAACACUAUUAAAUUUUCCCAGAAGGUCGAGGUAGUCUGCCCUAUUCUGAAGUGUUGUAGCAUAAUUCAAGAUUGUGAGAUAAGAUCAGUUCUUAGCAACGAGGAUUACUGCACAUUUUCAAAGAAAAUGAUGGACUUCUUUGAAAUCAAUUCCAACUCUUUCCACUGUAGAAGACCGAACUGCACGGGUUGGUGGAUAAUCGAAAAUGACAAUGACUCCUCGAUUGAAUGCCCCAUCUGCCGCUCCUACAACUGUAUUGUUUGUAAGGCCAUUCACGGUGGAAUGAGCUGUGCAGAGUUUCAAGAUAGACAGCUCAAUGGAAACGCUACUGUAGACAACAGACUUACAAUGCAAAAAAUAUCGGAAAUGCGCCAAUCUCGUAUAGCUAUGCCCUGUCCCAAGUGCGGGGUUAUCAUACAAAAAAAAGAUGGAUGUGAUGGUAUAAGUUGCACGUACUGCAAAACAGCCAUAUGUUGGGCAACCCUUGGACCACGUUGGGGACCCGGCGGUGUAGGAGACACCAGCGGUGGCUGCCGUUGUAAUGUCAACGGCUACAAAUGUAACGUCAACUGCCGAAAUUGCCAUUGAUAACCUGUUGCUGUUUUGUUGCUUAUGAGUUCUUUGCUAUGUUUUAUUAUUUUUUUUUUAUUUCCAUUCAAGCAAGCUAUAUUUAACUUACUGUGGUAGCUACGCGAACCUCCAACAGGCUAUGAAAUCGACUUAAGGGAUUAUCCCAAAAGAAACUAUAAACGCUAAAUGGCGUUGAAUAUUGCAUUGUUAUGGGUAACUAAUACCUAUAGAUAUAGAUUCUAAAUAUAUGCACAGAAAACAAUGAUUAUAAAAAAAGGUUAAACACGAGAUUCACAAACACUUUGCAAAAAGAUGUUGGUCACACGUUUUAUAGAGUAAUCGUAUAACGUUACAUCCCUCUGAUUCUGAACAAUUUCUCUGUGUAAGUUUUUAUAAGGCAGUUAUUUGCGUCCUAUCUGCCAUAUUUUUGUUGAAUCAGACUGUUUCUUAGAAAUUUUGAUUUGUUGAUAAAGGUAGUGGAGAUCAUCAUGCAAAUGUGUGAAGCAAUUGUUCUAAAAGUGUAGCCGAAAAUCUCUGAUGUUCCCAUGGGAAGCCCUUUAAGGACAGUGAAAGCAUCAAUCAGGAGAAAAGUGAUUAUCUUGCACGUGGAGACGAGAUUUAAAAAUCGGCUCUGAUGGAUAUAUUCACGAUCGACCACAAUAUCAGAAUUUUUCGACAUGGUUAUACGACGAGAACAGCACAG